UGUCAGUCAGAGACAGGAGGGAAGAUGGCUGCCCGGACCGGUGCUGCUAGGAGGAGAGGGGCAGGUGGCGCGGCUGCUGGCGGAGCGCAGUCACCCGGUGGCUGUGGUCGCCGUGGUGGUCGCGAGGCGAGGCCGCGGUGGGUCCCAGGGCUGCUCUGGUUGAAGGUUCAGAACAAAUGUGGAAAGAUGUUCACCUCAGAGAUAGGGGUUGUGGAAGAAUGGCUGUCAGAAUUUAAGACACUCCCAGAAACAUCUUUGCCAAAUUAUGCCACAAAUUUGAAAGACAAGAGUUCUUUAGUUUCAUCUCUCUACAAAGUUAUCCAGGAGCCACAAAGUGAGUUGCUAGAGCCUGUGUGUCACCAGCUCUUUGAGUUCUACCGCAGCUGGGAGGAGCAGCUGCUGCGGUUCACCCUGCAGUUCCUCCCGGAGCUGGUCUGGUGCUACCUCGCCGUGUCAGCCAGCAGAAAUGUGCACAGCAGUGGCUGCAUCGAGGCCCUGCUUCUGGGGGUUUACAACCUGGAAAUAGUUGACAAACAGGGACAUAGUAAAGUAUUGAGUUUUACAAUUCCAUCUUUAUCCAAACCAUCUGUAUAUCAUGAACCUUCCAGCAUUGGGUCUAUGGCUCUGACUGAGAGUGCGCUAUCCCAGCAUGGCUUAUCCAAAGUUGUGUACAGUGGGCCCCAUCCUCAAAGGGAAAUGCUUACAGCACAGAACAGGUUUGAAGUGUUGACAUUCCUUUUGUUGUGUUACAAUGCUGCCUUAACCUAUAUGCCCAGUGUUUCUCUUCAAUCACUGUGUCAGAUUUGUUCAAGAAUCUGUGUCUGUGGCUAUCCUCGACAACAUGUAAGAAAAUACAAAGGUGUAAGUAGCAGGAUACCAAUUUCAUCCGGAUUCAUGGUGCAGAUGCUAACAGGAGUCUAUUUUGCCUUAUACAAUGGUGAAUGGGAUCUAGCUCAGAAAGCAUUGAAUGAUAUUAUAUACAGAGCCCAGCUAGAAUUAUAUCCAGGGCCACUGUUGGUUGCUAAUGCAAUAAAGGCUUCAUUGCCUCAUGGUGCCAUGAAAUCUAGUAAGGAAGGUACAAGGUGUAUUCAAGUUGAAAUCACACCAACUUCCUCUAGAAUAUCAAGAAAUGCAGUUACCAGCAUGUCAAUUAGAGGUCACAGGUGGAAAAGACAUGAGCAACCUGACAGCAAUAAUGAUGCUACUGAAGUGGGCAUCCUUGUCAUUCCUGAGAUUAGUGUCACAAAUGUGUCCGGAGAGAGACCCGGGAAUGGGGAAAAAGGCAGAGCGCUAGGAGACAUUGAUGCCCAGCAUAUGCAGGGCAUGCAGGAGACAGCCACAGACCCUAGAAGUGAGAGCAAAGGCUUGCCUGAGCUCAGGAGGCAGAAAUCGGUAAGAAAAAUGAUGGAAGAUGGAAUGGCCACAGCUGGCAGAGUGCAGUUUUAGCAGAGCACUUUAUAGCCACACCCCAAGGAGACACAGAAUUAACAGGUCAAGAAGAACUGACGGACAUAACUGAAGUUGACGAGGGAUUUUAUUCCAGGGCUGCGUCUAGCACCAGCCAGUCGGGUCUAUCAAACAGUAGUCACAACUGUAGUAACAAGACAAGUGUA